AUGGAGCGGCUCAUCCUCACCCAUCUCCAAUCUGUGUUCAGCCCCGACCUGGACCCGCUGCAGUUCGCCUACAGGCCCAACAUUGGAGUGGAGGACGCCAUCAUCUACUUACUGCAGCGGACGCUCUCCCACCUGGAGCCCGCCGGAGCGCUACGCGCCAACUCCAUCAGCUGGAGCAUGUCUCUGGGGCUGUUCUCGUCUCCGGCGCCUCAGCUGGUGAUGCUCGCCAACGUUGCUGCGGUGACAGCGGAGGUGGGCGGGGCCUCAGGCUGCGUCAUACUGCCCGAGGGAGGUGGAGUCUGCUCCGAAGGAGGCGGGGAUAAAGAGAUGAUGGAGCUGAAGACAGUGGGAGGGGACUUCUCUGAUGACGAAGACGACAAUAUCAUCAGAUAUAGUUACGACGACCAGAGCCAGCGGGAGGUGUGUAUCGUAGAGUACCCAGAAUCCCCGGGCUUCACCCUCACCACUGUAGAAGAGGAGGAGGAGGAGGAUACGGACACGCUGAAGGUGGCCCCACCCACUCAUAAGCUGACCCCGCCCACCACCCCAGAGUCUCCUCAGAGCCCUGAGAAGAAGGCCAAGAAGAAGCCUUUCCACUGUAAACCCUGCAACUUCCAGGCAAAGACUGAGUCGCAGUUUGUCGAGCACCUGCAGACUCACGCCGUCAGCAAGAUGAUCCUGGUCAACAAAGUGGAGGGGCGGAGUCACCGUGGCAAGGAGGCGGAGCCAGUGCGCAAGGAAGCAGGGGACGCCAAUCAGAAUGCGGAAGGCGGCGAGAUCAAGGGGUUGAUUCGCUGUGAGAGGUGUGGAUACAACACCAACCGCUACGACCACUACAUCAGCCAUCUGAAGCACCACAGCAAGGACCAGGACCACAGAGUGUUCAAGUGCACGCUGUGCCCCUACACCACAGUGAGUCAGUACCACUGGAGGAAACAUCUAAGGAACCACUUCCCCAGCAAACUGCACACAUGCAGCCAGUGCUCUUACUUCAGCGACCGCAAGAGCAACUACAUCCAGCACAUCCGCACACACUCAGGAGUGAGGCCCUUCCAGUGCCCGUACUGCGACUACUCCAGCUCACAGAAGACCCACCUUACCCGCCACAUGAGGACGCACUCAGGCGAGCGUCCGUUCAAGUGUGAGAGCUGCAACUACCUGGCAGCCAACCAGCACGAGGUGACGCGCCACACCCGCCAGGUGCAUAACGGGCCCAAGCCGCUGGCCUGUCCCUACUGCGAGUACAAGACGGCAGACCGCAGCAACUUCAAAAAGCAUGUGGAGCUCCACCUGAACCCACGACAGUUUAACUGCCCUCUCUGCAAAUACGCCGCCUCCAAGAAGUGCAACCUCCAAUACCACCUCAAAUCCAGGCACGCUGGCUGUAAUGUGGAGUUGGACGUCUCUAAAGUGAAACUGCGAGCGAAGAAGCCCGACCAUGAGGACAAAGAUGACGGAAGCCCGGACGAAGAGUCCCUUGAGGAUCUGGAGGAAGAUCUGGACGAGGAUUUUGAAGACAAGGAGCCUGGGAGCCCCAUUAAUCUAUCUAUUAAAAAUAAAAAGUCACAAGAUGAAGCAAAGAAAUUGGUUGUUAAUGGGAAAGACACCGUCAAGAAGCUUAAGCAGAAGAAAAUUGAGGAUUUUGUCAAGGCAGUGGAGAGGAUGACGCCCAAAAAACGCUGCAAAAAGACAGAAAAGGUACAUGAAAAAUAUGAAGCGAAAGAGGAGGCCAGAGCUAAAACGGAUAUUGGUAAAGGCGUGGGGAAGGUAGACAAAGGGGUGCCCAGUAAAGAAGCCAAGAAAGCCAAGUCAUCCAAACGGAAGGUUACAGAAGUACUGGACUUGUCUCUCAAAGAGGAACGUCCAGUGAAGAUGAGAAAGGUGAAGGAGACUGAUGAAAAGAUCAGAAAGAAGAAGGGGAAACUAAAUCUAAAAGAGAAAAGUUUGCCAAAUAUUUGGAAUAGAGAGCCUAGUCAGGAGGUCCAGAAUGAAGUCGGAGAAGCUACAACAAUCAAUGGAAAAGAUGCAGAGAACCAUGAAGGUGAGCAAGAAAAGGUUCCAGAGGUGGACACCAAUAACCCAAAGGUUGGGCCCGAAGACUUGUCAGAAGUACCUUUGUCCAUUGUUGAGGGGAAGGUCACAAAACAAUCUGAACAGUCCAAAAUUGCGCACCAGAGUUCACCUGAGAAAGAAAAACCAGAGAAGAAAGAAAUUGUAACAAAAUCUGCAAGUAAAUUGGAGAAAAGUCCUAAGAAAUCUCUUAAAAGGAAAGGUAUUUUGGUGGAGAAGGUAGCUAACAAACUGGCGCGAAGUAAGAAGUCUGAAAAGACGCUAGACAACGAUAGCGCUAUCCUAGCUAAAGUGUUUCCCCAUGGAGACACAGCUAACAAUGCUGAAAUGCUACCUAAUGAUGAUGAAGCUAGUAAGGUAAAAGUCAUGCCCAACGUAUGUAAAUAUAAUGGCACUGAAGUUGAUAAACCGAGCCAAGUUUCAAUGGUGGCGGCUAAGGCUAAAACGCCUUCUAAAAUCAAAAAAGAUUGUCUGGCCAAAAUACAGGCAGAGGUGGCAGGAGAUGGUAAACACGCUGCCAAAAAGGUGGCCAAAACUGAUGAAGCUAAAAAGGAUAAAAAGUUGGCCAAAACUGAUGAAGCUAAAAACGCUAAAAAGUUGGCCAAAACUGAGGAAGCUAAAAAGGCUAAAAAGUUGGCCAAAACUGUUGAAGCUAAAAAGGCUAAAAAGGCUAAAAAGGUUGCCAAACCUGAUAAAACGAAAAAGUCUAAAAAGUUGGCAAAAACUGACAAAGCUAACAAAGCUAAAAGUGUGGCCAAAAGUGAACUUGGUAUUCACUCUAAAACAGUGACAUGUGAAGGUAACCAUGCCAAUAUUGGGCCAUUUGAUGAUGAAGCUAUUGCCUCUGAAAUUAUACCCAAAGGGGACUCCCAAAACAAGACUGAAAUGGUGGCUAAUGCGGAUAAAGCUAACGUCGCAAAAAUAUCGCCAGUAAGCAGUAAGACAAGCCAGGAAAUAAUGCUCCCUAAUGAAGACGACGCUUGCCUGGCCAAAACUGUAUCCAAUGGCGAUAAAACUAACUCAGCAAACAUUGAAACGAUUGAACAUUCAGUGAACCACAAUCGAGCUGUGGCCAACUCCGAAAAGGCAAACCGAGCAGACGGCAAACCGUGUGAGAGCAGUCCGACAAAAGAGAGCCCUGCCCCUCCUGCCGACGUGUUUGUGAAGCCUUCGGGUCGGCCGCCUCUGUUCCUCCAGCGCCAGACCUCGUCCACGGCCCGGCCCGGCGACUGCGAGGAGGACGAGGGCAUCCACGAAGGCGCCAGCGACGUGUCGGACAGUGCGUCUGAGUGCAGCGACGACUCGGGCCUCAAGAUGCUUUCCCCCACGGACGAAGUGCCCACGCCCAUCUCCAUGGUGUCCAAGGAGCUGAAGGCGCAUCUGUGCAUCUUCUGCGACCGCGCCUUCGCCUUGAAGAGCGACUACCAGCGCCACCUCAACCGCCACCUGGUCAACGUGUACUACUCGGACCACAAGUACGAGUGA